UUUCUCUUGGUGUAUUGAUCAAUAAUGUCGGCCGGUGUUUCAGUGUUUGUAUGAAUGUCACUAAAAAGAAAAACAGCAAAAACGGGAGGAUUUGUGUUUGUUUAUUUGUUAAGUUGUUUUGAUAUAAUUACUUUAGGCUGCGAAAUAGAUAUGUCCAUGUCAAAUAAUGUUUAGAUUUAUGCAUUAUAUUCCAGUAGAUACAUAAUUUGAAUCCUCAAUUCUUUUGUACUAGCUAGUGUCGUCGUGUCAUUACUUCGGUUAAAACUCGGUAAAUGUGAUUUUCCUAUAAUUCAUGUAAAGCCACUAAGAAUUUGAGGUGAACCACAGUGGUUCUUUUAUAUUCAGUAUCCAAAACUAUCAAGUCACCUUACUUUUAGUUGACGAACGGAAGUAGAAAUUGCCGAAUAAAAAUAUCGGGCUUAGGAAGAAAACAAAACAGACCAUCAUUUGUAUGUACCCACUACCACUUAAUUAGUGUUAACAAAAAAGAAAGGGGGCUUAGGCCCAUUAUAAAGUCAGUCGGUUUAGUUAGAAAUAAUUAGGGUUAGCGUCUGUAGCAAGAAAAGAAACAGUUAUACAUAUAUAUAUUCUUUCUCUGCCGCUUCAAGGAGUUGAUUUGCUUAUUCUUGUAGAACAACACUUGAGGCUUGUAACGUCGUUCUUCUUCUUAAGGUUAAAAUGGGAGACAAUCAUACCAACGACGACAAGAACAUUGUGAUGUGGAAGAUGAAGAAGCUGGUCAAAUCCCUUGAAGCUGCUAAGGGAAACGGAACUAGCAUGAUCUCACUCAUCAUACCUCCGCGUGGUCAGGUCUCUCGCGUUAGCAAGAUGUUGAGUGAUGAGUACGGAACCGCAUCAAACAUCAAGAGCAGAGUCAAUCGCCAAUCUGUUUUGAGCGCCAUAACUUCUGCGCAACAAAGGCUGAAGCUUCACAAUAAGGUCCCUCCCAAUGGUCUAGUGCUCUAUACCGGCACUAUUGUCAACGAGGAAGGAAAGGAGAAGAAGGUUGCUUAUGACUUUGAGCCAUUCAAACCUAUCAACAAUACUCUCUACCUCUGUGACAACAAGUUUCACACUGAAGCUCUUAGUGAGUUGCUGGAAUGUGAUGAGAAGUAUGGUUUCAUUGUAAUGGAUGGAAACGGCACUCUCUUUGGAACUCUUAGCGGUAACACACGUGAGGUGCUUUACAAGUUCUCUGUUGAGCUUCCGAAUAAACACGGAAGGGGAGGACAGUCUGCUCUUCGUUUUGAUCGUCUUCGUACUGAGAAGCGUCGCAAUUACUUGAGGAAAACUGCUGAGCUCGCCACCAGGCUAUACAUCUGUCCUUCGACAAGUCAGCCUAAUGUGUCCGGGAUGAUAAUUGCCGGUUUAGGGGAUCUCAAGACUGAAUUGAGUCACUCAGAUAUGCUUGACCCCCGGCUUACGGCAAAGAUACUGAAUGUGGUGGGUGUAUCACAUGGAGGAGAACGUGGUUUCAAUGAGGCUAUUGAGCUGUCAUCUGAAGUCUUGGCGAAUGUGAAGUUCAUUCAAGAGAAGCGUUUGAUAGGGAAAUACUUUAAGGAGGUAGACCAGGACACGGGGAAGUAUGUGGUUGGCUUGGAUGAUACGUUGAACGCUUUGGAUUCGGGUGCUGUCGAGACACUUAUUGUAUGGGAGAAUCUUGAUAUCAACAGAUAUGCGAUGAGGAACAGCGCAACCGGUGAAACUGUGAUAAGAUUCUUGAACAAGGAACAAGAAGGCAAGACAGAGAAUUUCAAAGUAGGCGACACCAAACUGGACGUGGAUGAGAAGAUGUCUUUACUGGAAUGGCUGGCUAAUGAAUACACGAGUUUUGGUUGUGCGUUAGAGUUUGUGACAAACCAAUCAGAGGAAGGGUCUAAGUUUUGUAAAGGGUAUGGAGGGAUUGGAGCGAUACUUCGUUACCAGCUUGACCUGAGUGCCUUUGAUCCUGAGGAUGGAGAGGUUAUUGAUGACAAUGACGAUGUUUCUGAUUAGCCAUUAAUCAAAUCCUCAACCUUGUCGGUUCAGGAAGAUGGAGCAGAACCACCAGCUCCAAGCCUGAACCAGCCUGCGCGGGCUCUCGGGGUCACCACGCAGAAGAUAGUUCGAAAGUCAUCAAAGAAGCAUCUAUCUCCAAAGGUGAAGAAUGAAGAAACAGGUGGAAAUUAAACUUGUCUCGGCUACAACUCACCGAAUCACCUUUGGUAGCGUUCAUGUCGUUCUACAACAUCUACGGAUCGUUUCUUAACUUUCCUAUAUGGUUUUUUUUUUUUUUUUUUUCCUUUGAAAAGUUACUUUGAGUCAGAAUGGUAAUGCUCUGUCAGAGAAGAUCUUAAAAGGUUACUUUGAGUUAGCGAUUUGGGCUUGUAUUUCUCUCCAUUGCAUAUGGAUAUUGUUUUGUGUUGGUGUUUAAGUUGAACGACCAAUAGUUUUCCC